CGACUGUCUCGUGCGCACGCGCCAAUCCAAUUACACCCUCCUCUCCCUUCUUUUGAUCGGACAAGGCUAUGACGAUAUCGUUGAAUCCCAUCUUUCAGUCUCGACUUACAAUUCAGAAUAUGUGCUUGGACUGAAGGUGUCAAUCCGAACUUAUCUUGAACGCCAACCGAACAGCAGAACCAAUUCUCUUCUUCUUCCCCUCCAUCCCCCUCACUCACCUAUCAUCAUGCCGCCCAACAACAGGAAAAAGAAGAAGCCUGCCUCCAAUCCGGCUCGAGGCUUUGCAACGGUCUCAAUUCCUUCGAAACCGAAAUCUAUAGAACCAUCAUUACCAAAUUCCACCGUAGACUCCAAGUCCGUCUCGGAAAGCGACCGUCCCACUCCCGCCGAAACCCAGCAGCCGACCACAAGUAGCGACAAGGACAAAGCUCCUUCGCUACAGAACUAUACCCCUGAAGAACUCGAGAAACAUUUGGAGGAAGCUGAGCUGCAGCUUCUCGUGGAAAAAUACGCCUUGAAAUGCAGGAAUGACGCAGGGCGACAGGUUGCGAAGCUGGAAACUGAGCGGAGAGUACUUCGGCAGCAAGCCGUGUCGAUUAAUCUCCUGGAAUGGCUUCCCUCAGACGUCCUGGAUACCAUCUUAAGUCUGGCGGAGACCGAGGAGCGCGAACUCAGUCCCGCUUCCAACCGAGACUCAAGCUCGAAAAAGCCUAUCCCGGAAGAGGAGUUGUAUAUGAGAUUGUGGACACUUCAGGAGACCUUGCUUAAACUAGGCUUUCCUAACGGAAAAGUUGACGAAGCUUUGAAACAUCUUCUGCUGUAUUUUCCCGGUAAUUUCACGUCCACUAACAAAGAGGUGGUCUGCAACCUGGACGAGGCCCUGGAUUGGCUAGCCUUGCACUGCGAUCCCAAGGAGCUUCCCUUUUACAAUCAGACUAAUCCCCAACGGGGAAGCGAGCUGGACAAGAAUGUCUCUUGGAUCACUGAUCGUGAGCCAUUACAAGCUUCUACCCCAGCACAGACUCAGAAUAUUAGCAGAGUGCAAAAGCCUAAGAACGUCGUAAAGGGUCCAAGUCCUCCGCAGCCGUAUUCUUAUGAUUCAGACAGCUCUCUCGAUCCUGACACAUUGACCCCGAAAUAUUUGGAGCUGCAGACCCGGCUAUACGAACUGCGGCCAGAAUUCUUCGACCAGCCCAAAAAAGGGAAAAAGGGCAGUCGUAAACCCAUCGAAGCUGAGAUUCAAGACCCACAGGUAGCGAAGCUACAGCGCAAGAUCGCAGGCAUUGAGAACGACGUACUUUUUGACCGGCACGAGGCCGAGUACGAGUGGAGAGAAAAGCUUGAUGAUCUGAGAAAGGAAGCGGCUUUCACUCGCCGAACCCAGCCCGAAGACAGAGCUUUGGCUGGAGAGACGGCCGACAAAGAGCAACCGGAAGAAAAAGAGGCAGAACUAGAUGGUGACGCAGCACCACUGGACAGUAUUGGAGAAGACGCAGACUUAUUGGGCGACAUGUUCGGAUCUGAAGAGCCUACAUUGGAACUAGGCGUGAUCACCGAAGAGUUGAACAAGGCUGCUAUCACGCUUCGCGACUUUGGGAAAUGGUCUGGACUUAGCCCUCGAAGAAUUUUGGAGGAGACUUGCAAGGCAAGGGACUCCGGGUGCAAAGUAACGUAUAAAGACUGCUCGUCAUCAUCGCAUUCGAAUCGGAGCGCGGUUGAGGUGAGAUGGUCAAAAUCUCAAGAGAUUCCCUUUCCCUUCCAAUGGGAAAGUAUCACACACAACUCGAACUCGUACGCCACCUUCGCUUCCAUGGAUAAUAUAGCAACCCCUACAAAUCAGCAAGCUGAAGCAUUCGUCUCGACCCUGGCUCUUUUCAUUCUGUUCUCUCAGACCUCAAAAGAAGGCAAAGCCUACCUGCGCCUUCCAGCCGUGUGGCGAGAUCUUUAUGCAGAGUUCGCGAACGCAAAGAAGUUGCAAGAAGAGGAAGUGGAUAAGAAAACGGUAAAGAAUCUGAAGAUGUUACUCCAAGAAAAUCACGGCACAUUCGAGGAUGAUGUUGUACUGUCAGACAACUUUCGGCGAAGGAAUGGAAAUUCUAGCAAGCCGGAGUCUCCAGUCCGUGGAAUCAGCACCAAGGAUGGCUUGGAGCCUGAUGCGGAACUGAUGAGGAUCUGGACGGAGAAAUCCUCUACCGCGGCGUUCCAGUAUAUGAUUCAGGGCAGGAUGAAUCUGCCCAUUUGGAACUUCAGGGACGAGAUUCUAAGCACUCUAGAAACACACCGUGCGCUUAUCAUCUGCAGUGAGACAGGAAGUGGUAAGAGUACUCAGAUUCCGUCCUUUAUCUUGGAGCACGAGAUGCAGCAAGGCCGUCCUUGCAAAAUCUAUGUCACAGAACCGCGACGAAUCUCCGCUAUAUCACUUGCUCGCCGAGUCAGUGAAGAGCUUGGGGAAAAUAAGAACGAUGUAGGGACAGCACGCUCUCUUAUUGGAUUUGCUGUCAGGCUGGAAAGCAAAGUUAGCCUUUCCACAAGGCUCGUUUUUGCAACCACGGGAGUCGUGGUGCGGAUGCUCGAACGCCCGGACGACUUCCGGGACAUCACGCAUGUUGUCCUUGACGAGGUUCACGAGCGUUCCAUCGACAGUGACUUCCUACUUAUCGUCCUUCGGCGAUUGAUGUUAAGACGACCUGAUUUGAAAUUGAUUCUCAUGUCUGCUACACUUGAAGCACAACGCUUCUCGACAUACCUAGGUGGAGUUCCCGUGCUAAAUAUACCUGGGCGGACAUUCCCUGUGGAGAUGAAAUUCUUGGAGGAUGCCGUUGAAUUGACAAACUACCGGCUGUCUGAGAAUGAGGCCAAUGGUGUUAUGGAUGAAGACUCCGAUGAGUUAUCGUCUGAGAUGGCUCAGAGUGAGGCGGUGGAUGGUGGCCUUCCGUCAACGCUUGAUCGGUAUUCAAAGCAGACCCGCGACACGAUUCUCAACUUUGAUGAAUAUCGCCUUGAUUAUCAACUCAUCAAGCGGCUAGUUGCGAAGAUUGCCACCUCGCCUGAAAUGACCCACUACAGUAAAGCUAUUCUUAUUUUCAUGCCUGACCAGGAGAAGGCCUUCGUCGUACCCCCGGAGGGCAUGAGGAAGAUUGUAAUUGCUACCAACAUAGCCGAAACAGGAAUUACGAUUCCGGACAUCACUGCUGUGAUUGAUGCAGGCAAAGAAAAGACCAUGCGGUUCGAUGAGCGACGACAACUCUCACGACUCGUUGAAACCUUCAUCUCACGAGCCAAUGCGAAGCAACGCCGAGGGCGAGCUGGUCGAGUUCAGGACGGAAUAUGCUUCCAUAUGUUCACGAAAUAUCGCCAUGACAAAGUACUUGCGGAACAACAAACACCAGAGAUGCUGCGUUUAUCUCUUCAGGAUCUGGUACUGCGAGUCAAGAUAUGCAAACUGGGCGAGGUGGAACCGACUCUCCUAGAAGCGCUCGAUCCGCCGUCAUCGAAAAAUAUCCGCCGCGCGAUUGACUCAUUGAAGGAAGUCAAAGCACUGACAAAUGCAGAGAAUCUGACCCCUCUUGGAAUGCAGCUCGCUAAAUUACCAUUGGACGUUUUUCUCGGGAAGCUGAUUAUCCAUGGCGCAUUCUUCCGGUGCUUAGAUGCCACCGUUAGCAUUGCAGCCAUUCUUUCCUCCAAGUCACCUUUCGUUAACACAAUGGGAUCGAACACGCAGAAGGAUAUAGCCAGGCUCUCAUUUCGCAAAGGCGACUCGGAUCUCCUGACAGUAUAUAAUGCCUAUUGCUCUUGGAAGCGCACAAGGAACUCACCUGGUGCAAACGAAUACGCGUUCUGUCGGAAGAACUUUCUCAGCUCUCAAACACUGCUCAAUAUUGAAGACAUCAAAAUGCAACUGAUAGUUUCGAUUGCCGAUGCUGGUCUCUUGACCCUCGACCCAACGCAGAAGGCUGCUCUCAAUAGAUCGCGCUACGGUGGGCGAAACCGUCAAUUCUUCGUUAUCCCCGAGGAGUAUGACACUAACAGCGUCAAUGACACGGUCGUCAACUCGGUGAUUUCGUGGAGUUUCUACCCAAAGCUGCUCACUCGUGAAGGCAAAGGUUGGCGCAACGUUGCCAACAAUCAAUCCGUCACCCUUCAUCCCACUUCCGUCAACCGCAACCCCGAUCCAGCUUCACCCCCUCUCAGAUGGCUCUCCUAUUACAACAUCAUGCAGGGCCGUAAUCGAAAUUACAAUGCGUUCGAGACGAGCGUUGUGGACGACUUUGCCAUUGCCCUACUUUGCGGCGAGCCUGAAUUCAAGAUGUAUUCCGGCGUCAUCUCUAUUGACGCCAACCGCAUUCGCUUCUCCAUUCGGGAUUGGAAAUCAAUGCUGGCGCUGAAAUUACUCAGCGCUCGUCUGCGCGAUAUCCUGCAGGCGACCUUCCGCGAGCCUCAAAAGCUCACAUAUCCAUCUUACAAGCAGCAGCAGUGGAUCACGAUCUGGCAACGGAUCUUUGAGCAGGCACAUGCUGCGAAAAGAAUACCCUAG